AUGCCAAAAAAGCUUCUAUACCAGUCAGGUCUUAUGGAGAUCAAUAAUCCAGGCUACCCCAACGUAGCCUUGGAACUUCGAAACCAAUAUUAUAAUAAUCAGAUAUAUCCAAAGAAGGAUAAGAAGAAGCUCACUAUUACCAAUAAACUAGUAUCCAUGGAAGAAAGCUUUUAUGAGGAUAAGAAUGAGUAUUAUAAGAGCAGCUUAAGCAGUCUUCAAGAAGAACUUACCAGUGCUUACAAUGAAACCAAUACAAAAUUUUUGGAAGAAUUGGAAAAUAGUCAAGAAAGAAGAGAUUAUGAGUUGACAAGGUUGAUACACUGGGAAAACUACCAGGUAUCAAGAGUUGAAAAAGAGACUAGGGAAGAUGUUGGGAAGAUCAAUGAGGAAUAUGAUGCAUUUAUCAAGAUUAUUAAGGACAAGUUAUAUGAUAAGUUGGUGAAGAAAAUCAAAUUGCUAAAAGAAGAUAAGGUAUUGAAAGAUUUGGCCAAUGUGAACCAUUAUAGUAUUGACAUUGAUUUGAUGAACAAUGACGGAGGUAUAAGUAAUAAUCGCCGUAUGAACACUUCUGGUGCCUUGGGGGUAGAGCAACAAGCAGUGAGUGGAGCAUCGCCUAAUAAAAAACUGUUGUUUAUGGAUGGUGGGCCGUCGAGUGCUAUGGCUGCAAUGAGUGCAGCCAGUAACUCAGGAUUUUCUGAUACCAACACCAAUACCAAUCCAAAUGGAAGAAGAUCAGCUCGUCGAACUAGAAAUAUAGUGGAAUCAUCUUACAAUACAGACUCCAACUUAUCGGGAAAUGAUUCGUCGAUGCCGGCAAACGGAUAUGUUUCGGCUUCAGGUAAACGAAGAAGAGUUCAAACUGCGAGAGCUGCCGCGGCAAUCACUGGUCAUAAUACUAGAAGUUACUCAUCUGCAUCCAAUGAUGAGGCAAAUUUUCUAAGUGAUAAUAACUCAUUGAGCGAAAUAUUGUUUGGGAAAAAUUAUGCAAGUUCAACAGGUUAUAGAACUAGUACUGGUAACGGUCACGGGGCAAAUAAUAAUGGUAAUGGUGCUGGAGGUAAAGCAUCAAAGAGAGCUAAAUCAAGACAAUUUACAGGGGUUCCGGGGCUUAAGCCAGAAGAGGUCAAUGAAGAUUUGACAAUUCUUGAGAGUUGUUUGGAGAAAAUCGAUAGCAGUCAAAAAGUCAUUUUUACUAGUCCGGAGAGUAUUCAAUUAGCUAGCAGUAAUGGGAAUACCAAAAAGAGUGUCAGAUCAUGA